UAAGCUGUAAACUGUCCCUUCUCGGUGUGUGUGUUAGGCAGAGUGACUCCCCAUGCACCCGGUACCCUAACAAAGUAACGUCGGGUUUCUAACCUUUCAUUCUGGUUAGAGAGUUUAUUUCCCGGAUUUUGGUGACAAGCUCACGGCCAUGGAGUGUCCUACUGACCCACCGGGGGUCCUAGGGGCAGAGGAGGCAGCGCUGGCCUUCCCCAGCCCCACAGCAGGAGGCUGCCCACUCCAACCCGCUCCUUGCCACCCCUUCCCGCUCCCUCCUGCUCCAGCCCGCUCCUGCUGCCCAGGGCUCUGCCAACCGGGCCGUGUUUCAGGGGGUGAGGUGGGUAGGGAUCCCUGGCAGGGGCCAUCACUGACUCAUAAUUGACCCAUUAUUGACAGCCCUGGCAACCGUAACCAGGGGAUCGGCUAUAUUAGGGGGACCUCAGCAUCUCCAGGUCAGUGCGGCUGCAGCAGUGGCCGAGUGCAUGGUGUGCACCCAGCAUCCCUGCGUGCUCAGCAGCCUUCAUACGAGGGGAGACCCUGCGCCGUGUCCAGGGCCUCCUGUGGAAGAGGGAAGAGUCUUCGAGUGCCUGAGGGCCACGGCCUGCGCCCCAGCCCAGCUGCAGGAUGGAGGCGAGACCCCCCAGCAAACCCAGGCUGGCCUGGGUGGAGGAGGACGAAGCUGGCCCGGCUCCCAGCUCCGGGCUGAAGUGCAAUGAGAUGCGUACAGGUUCAUGCAUCUCAACUGCGGACGUGUCCAGCGAGGAAAAGAACAGCCUGGACACCAUCGAGGCGUCCAUCAGGAGCAGACCAAAGCAAGAAGACCAGAAGCUGAGGUUUCUGGAGUCCGUCUGCACCAUCUGCACCACCAGCAGCAUGCACUCCUUCCUGUGGGGCACGCUGCUGCUCUUCCAGCCUGAGCUGGCUGAGACCCUCGAGGUGCUGCUGCAAGAGGAGCCCGUUGAUCGCCUGGACACCACGGUGCGGCAGCAAGUCAUGCUGACCAUCGCUGCCAUGAGCAGAGCGGGGCUCCUUCUGCAGGAGAAGAACAGCCUCCUGAAAGCCUGCUUCUGCAGCAUCUUCCACCUGCCUCCGCAGGGCAGCCAGGGACCCGAGGCUUGGCUCUACUGCAAGACCCUGUCAGCGAUGGACAGCAUGUUACAGGUGCUGGUGUGCAGUGCCAGCACCCUUGGCAUCCAGGAGCUGCAGAACAUCUUCAAGCUCCUGCUGCCCUUCAUCAGUUCGGGGGUGGCCGUGGUGCAGGAGAGGGCCGUGGCACGGAUUGCCCGGCUGGCCAGCUACUUCAGCACCUACCCCCUGCCACAGUUCUGCUCCUGCUCUAUGAGAGUCCCAGAGCUGCAACGUCAGUGCUGCAAGACUGUGGUGAUGGGGAGGCUGGUGGGGCACCUCACGCUCUGCUGCACCUGCAAGAACACGGGCACCUGCCAUGAGGCUGCAGAAGCUCUCUUUAAGAUGUACUGCUUCACCCUGUGGCACAUAAGUAAGAGAAGCUGUGUGGGGCUGGGUUCCCCUGGGCAUGGGCAGCCAGGGGCCACUCUUCUUGGCAACAGAAAGCCAGAUCCAACCUGCCCGCCCACAGCCAAAAGAGCCGUUUCCCCUCGCCCACACUUGCACUAGCCCUUGGCCUUCCCUGGGCUUUCUGGCCCUGUGUGGGUCCAGGCCUCUGGCCUCUCUUUGCCGGUGACUCUUCAGCCCAGUGCUCUCAGCUGCACCUCCAGCUUUGCACCCUCUCUCUGAGCGCUCUGUUUUUGCUGCUCCCCAGGCAGGUACCCUUGUCUGCUAAAGAGAAGGCAGCAGCAGUGCCAGCAGAGCUGGCAACAGGCGCACACCUGGGAGCUGUUGAAAACCACAGACACAAGACAGAUGUUCUCGGUGAGAAGUGCCUUUGGCUCCUGGCUGGGGCUCAGUGUGACUGAAGGGACACCCGGUGCAUGGGGGUGACGGGGCUCAUGCUGUUCCUGAGCAGGGGCCAGGCAAAGGCCCCAGCGAGCUCGGCUUCCCCGCAGGACCCUGAGCCCCACCACUGGUCUCCUCCCAGCACGGCCUGGCUCUGCGUCCCGCGCUCGCUGCACAGCCAGGAUGCUCUAGGUGACAAGUCC